AUGACCUCUCGCGAUGAAUCCGGCUGGCCAGCCAUCGCUGCUACUGGUGCAAAGCAAGCGGCGCAUACGCUGUCUUUUAUCGUCAUAGGAGCAGGCGUAUCUGGGCUCGGUGCAGCUGUCGCGUUGAGGCGCACCGGUCACCGUGUAACUCUCGUGGAAAGCAUGGAUGGGCUCGAUCUAGCGCCUGAGCACGCGAGAGGGUUGCGCUUGCCACCCAACAUGACCAAGAUUUUGAAUCGGUGGGGAUACGGUGAAAGGCUAGAUAAGAUCGGCAUCGCCACGCAGCAAAUAGGAUUCAUCAACUUGCGGUCAGGAGAGAUCCUUGGUACUCAUCGAUUGGUCCGCGAUCUGGUUCGUGAUGCUGGAGGAGAAUUCUUCCUGACCGAACAUCAUCGACUACUCGCACUGCUGCUCGAGAUCGCGAGAGAGCUAAACGCAGAUAUUCGCUUUGGGUGUCGAGUGGCGCAAGUGGGCGCAGAGGGAAACUCGGUGAUCCUGGAGUCAGGCGAGACGUUGACAGCAGACGUCGUGGUUGGUGCAGACGGUGUGUGCGGACAGUCAUCGAUUGCCGUAGAGCCGAACCACGCCCGUACCCAGGAGGAGGCUGGGUUCAUGACCUACAAUUCAGUCAUAUCUGCGGAUAAGAUCAGAGCGAACCCCGAACUGCAUCAGUUCAUCCUCGACGUAGGCGAGACCCGCAUCGCAAAUUGGUUCUGGUUUGGGGAUCAAUGCUCCGCUAUGGCCUAUCCUACCAACGCGGAAGGCGAAUGCGCGCUGGUUAUCUGGCUACCGGACGACGGCGCGAGUGAUCCAUGGGGUGAUAUCGCAGACACGGGCGUCGUUGAGAGCGCGGUUGCCGCGCUCCAAGCUGAGCCGAGAUUGCGGAAACUGGCCAGCCUUGCGCCAAUGACUCGCGUCAAGACCGUGUCUCGUCCACCUUUACAAGAAUGCGUUCACCCUAGCAAUCAUAUGCUGGUUAUCGGUGAGGCUGCUCACCCUGCACCACGGGGCCUAUAUUUCGGCCCUUCUAUGAGCUUGGAGGACGCCGCCACUCUGGGAAAGCUCUUUUCACACGCGCUCGACGACGCCCAGAUACCAUCAUUCCUCAAUGCCUUCACCGAACUACGACGCCCUCGUUGCGCCAGGAUGUUAGCGAUUGAUAACGAAUCUCUCUCCUAUAUCACGAUGUCGGGCCCUACCGCGGAGGAGAGGGACAUAGAGUUCCGUAGGCGCACAGCAGCAGGGCAGGAUGCGUUGUCGCCCGCGGAGGAUGAUACGACUGGCGUCGUGGAGAGGAUGUGGGACGACAACCGCGAGAUGUUCGGUUACGAUACUGAAGAUGCCAGUGACGGCUGGUGGCUCGCAACCGGCCUUCUCGCGGAGCACGCACGAGGCAUAGACUUGAGUGCGAGCAUCAAGCUUGGGGAGGUUAGCGUCGCGGAGGAAUAG